AUGCACUUUCUUCUCUUUGGCGCUACCGGCCGCACCGGCCAACACGUCGUCUCCCAGCUUCUCGCCCAAGGCCACACUGCCAUCGCCCUCGUCCGCAACCCAGCCAGUCUCGCCGCACGCAACGGCCUCACCAUUGUCAUAGGCUCGCCCCUGUCCGCCGCCGACGUCAAAUCUGCGCUGUUAGCAACGGCCACCAAGCCAACGGCCGCCAUCUUCACGCUCAACACGGUCCGCGAGUCCGACAGCCCAUUUGCCGCACAAGUCUCGCCUCCUCGUUUUCUAGCCGACUCGUGCGCCGUGGCUUGCAAGGCGCUCGAAGAUGAAGGUAUUCGCCGUAUUGUUGUCAUGUCGACUGCUGGCGCGGGCAGCUCGUGGGGUGGCUUGCCGCUGCUGAGUAAGGCCUUUAUGCGGUGGACGAAUGUCAAGUACGCCCUGGAGGACCAUGACUUGUUGGAUGAGGAGAUCCGUAGGACGAAUAUGGACUGGACGCUGGUGAGGCCGGUCAAGUUGGAGUUUGAGGCGGGCGAGGGCGCGGCAGUGCAGACGCUGGGUGAUGGUGGGAAGGGGAUGAAGUUGAGUGAUAGCGCGAAUGUGGUGAGCGUGGCUAAGUUUUUGGUUAAGACGGCUGUGGAAGGAUUGUAUGUUAAGGAUGCGGUAGUGGUGAGGAAUUAGUUGGGCUGGUGGGAGGUUGACGGAUGGAUAUACGAUAAUGAUGUGG